AGGGGCCUUGUGGGCGGAGCUCGCACAGUCUCCCGCACCCAACCCUCUUCCCCCGCCUCGGCCACCAAGCGCCUCCAAGGACGCGCAUUUCCUGCAAGGCCUCAGUGUGCCCUUUGGCCGAACCCAACCGAGGACCCCAGCCCUUCCAAACAGGUCGCGAUGGUGGAUGAGCUGGUGCUGCUGCUCCACGCGCUCCUGGUGCGGCACCGCGCCCUGUGCAUCGAGAACAGCCAGCUCAUGGAGCAGCUGCGGCUGCUGGUGUGCGAGAGGGCCAGUCUUUUGCGCCAGGUACGUCCGCCCAGCUGCCCCGUGCCCUUCCCCGAAACGUUUAACGGCGAGAGAGCCCGGCUCCCCGAGUUUAUCGUGCAGACGGCGUCUUACAUGCUCGUGAAUGAAAACCGAUUCUGCAACGACGCCAUGAAAGUGGCAUUCCUAAUCAGCCUGCUCACUGGGGAAGCCGAGGAGUGGGUGGUGUCCUACAUGGAGAUGGAUAGCCCCAUCCUAGGCGAUUACCGGGCCUUUGUCGAUGAGAUGAAACGGUGUUUUGGCUGGGAUGACGAGGAAGACGACGAGGACGAGGAAGAGGAUGAUUACUAGGCCUCGAGGGGGAGGGACCUGCACGCCGCCUCCCCCACCUGCCCCCUGCCACUCCCGGAGCUGCAGCGUUCAGUCCCCUUCUCUCUGCUGUAUCCCCUUCUCCGCCCCCCUGUUCUCUCCUCCAUCCCCUGUAGCGUUUGUCUUUGUUCCAGGAAUAGCUCUCCAGUCACCUGCUGCUAGGACUGGGGCUGGGCCUUGCUGAGAAGCUUGCUGUGUCAACUCUGGCCAGCCCCAGUCCCCUUCCCCUGCUACUCUGAACUGUGCUCUGAAUCCCAGUUAUUGGCCAGGCCCCUGUUAAAACUGUGCUGACCACCCACAGUCCUGCUGCUGCCACCCAUCUGCCUGCCAGGCCUACAUCUGCCUAUGAUGCCACUUUACCACCAUCUACUCCAUCCCACCGACAGACCACUGCUUUUGUAGAUAAGGACCAACAUAGAAGAUGCCUGAGUUGGCUACACCUCUUCAGACUGAUUUGGACAGCUCACCAGUUCCUGAAAGGGCCAGUCUUACAAGCUGGUUAGUUGUCUGCUGACUCCCAGGUUCCUUCCCUGCCCUACAGGGAUUGCUGCAGGAGCCUGGUGUGCCUGGCAGCCAAGAUACUGACAUUUCUUUUCUCUAAUGGACCGGUUUUGCACGGCUGUUGUCUUUCAAAAUCACAGCAGUCUUACACAGAUGUUUGUGUUUGGACGAAUGAUGAUAAAAACAAUGAAGCAAAUAAGCAGAAGCAGGCACUCAACCCAGCUCCUCAAUACUGCCUGGAAAAAGCAUUGGCAUUCUUUUCAAUAAAUAUCAAGCACUACAAAAAAUA